AAAGAAUACUAUAGCUCACCUAUCUCCGAAUAAGGAAUUGGGUAUUUGUUUUACCUAUCGCCGAAUUAGAAAUGACCAGUAACUAGUUGUAAAUUGUAAUCAGUGUUUAUCCCCUGGAUAGUCACAUACCAGCAGUCCAGCUAUAAGCCACCGAAGCCCGUUACAUAGGUACCUAGCUGACAUGCAUAGAUAUCUAAUAUAAAUGAGCACCAGAUCUCUACCAUAAACUCAACUAUCAGCUCAAGAACCUCAAUCCUAACAUCGCUAUCCUUCUACAUACCGUCUAAAUUUGCAGUAAAACCACUCUAAACAGUCUACCCCCUUUCCAUCAUGACUUCCUUCACAGUCUACAAAGGCUCCAAAAACGGUCUCACUAAGAGCUCUGCUACCAAGCCAGAAACUCUCACUGGCGAUAAAGUGCUGAUAAAGAUCACGGCGUCUGGAUUAUGCGGCACUGAUCUCCACUUGUUACACGAUGACGUUGUCCUCGGCCACGAAGGCGUCGGCAUCGUCGAGGCCGUGGGUCCGUACAGCAAGCACCUGAAGAAGGGCGACCGCGUGGGCUUUGGUUACCAACACGACAGCUGCGGCAAUUGCAGAAACUGUCUGACGGGGAGAGAGAUCUACUGCGUCGACCGCGCUGUGUAUGGCACUGAGAAGGUCGAUCAGGGCAGCUUUGCGUCUCACGCUAUCGUCCGCGAGGCGUUUCUGCAUAAGAUCCCAGAGGGUAUGAGUGACAUCGAUGCUGCCCCCCUGCAGUGCGCUGGCGCGACGGUGUUUGCUGUUCUGCAGGCUUAUAAUACGCGGCCUACUGAGACUGUUGGCGUCAUCGGACUAGGCGGCCUCGGCCACUUAGCGAUUCAAUUUGCGGCUAAGAUGGGAAACCGUGUUAUCGUUCUAUCAGGCUCGGACAGGAAAAAGGACCAGGCCAUGAAGCUCGGAGCCCACGAGUUCGUCUCUAUCAAAGACAAGGACAAGCUCGAGGUAUCGACCCCGAUCGACCGGCUGCUAGUCACGACGUCCUCGCAGCCGAACUGGGAACUCAUCCUGCCGAUCAUGGCCCCGGGCUCCGCCAUAUACCCCCUCUCCGUCGACUCUGGCAACCUCGAGAUCCCGUACAUGCCGCUGAUAUUCAAGGGCAUCGCCGUGCAGGGAUCCCUCGUCGCGUCGCGGAAUGUCCACCGGGAGAUGCUUGCGUUUGCGGCGCUGCAUGAUAUCAGGCCGAUUACCGAGACGUUUCCUAUGACGGAAGAGGGUGUUAGGGAGGCGAUAGAUAAGCUAGAACGCGGUGACAUCCAUCUCAGAGCGGUGUUGACUGUGGCGUAAUCGGGAAGGGAGUCGAAGAUUGUUGCUGGCUAUUCAAGGGUACAUAGAUUUAGCGCUGGUUAGAGUAAAAUAUAAAUUGGUGAG